UUAUUUUUGGUCCAAACGAGGGCGAAGCACAUAAUUUUGGAGAGGGCGCUUAGAAAAUUGAAGCCACCCCACGAAUUCAGUCUUCAUUGAUCGUUGCUUGCCAUAUACGGCCUCUCUCUUCUCAUCCAUAUACUCUUCUUCCACUUCCUUUUCGGAUUUUCGAGGAAAUGAAAUGCGAACGGUGGGAAGCAGCAGGAGAUCUACAAUUCAUUUGACUUUCCUUGUUCUUGGCAAUAGAUUCGAUCGACGCGCUUGUUUUGCUCCUGGCCGUACUUAAUUGAUUGACCUAAAGUCAUUCUUUACGAUUCGCAGGAUAUCUAGGGGAUAAUUUUUUAUGGAAGGAGUUGGGGACGACGCGGCCUCAGCAGUAGCACCUCUGGCCAAGUGGAGAAACGAUUUUGCCAGAGCAUUUCAGUAUUACUUGGAUCGAUCCACUCCUCACCCAGUCCAGAGGUGGUUGGGAACCCUUCUUGUUGCAGCAAUUUAUGUGUUGCGUGUUUUCUACGUUCAAGGGUUUUAUGUUGUUUCAUAUGGCUUGGGAAUCUAUAUCUUGAAUCUCUUGAUUGGGUUUCUGUCGCCGAAGGUUGAUCCUGAGCUCGAUGUUUUAGACGGAGCUUCCUUGCCUACUAAAGGUUCUGAUGAGUUUAGGCCCUUCAUACGCCGCCUUCCGGAGUUCAAGUUUUGGUACGCCAUCACCAAAGCUUUUUGUAUUGCCUUCUUCAUGACCUUCUUCUCACUCUUUGAUGUUCCUGUCUUCUGGCCCAUUCUUCUUUGCUAUUGGAUUGUUCUAUUUGUCCUGACAAUGAAGCGCCAGAUCAUGCACAUGAUCAAAUACAAAUAUAUUCCUUUCAGCAUUGGGAAACAGAGAUAUACAGGAAAGAGGCCUUCUGCAAGUAGCAGCGGCAUUUCAAGAGACUAAGUUCCAUCACUCACUCACUCACUCACGCCCCUCUGGUUAGUAGUAGUAGACAGAAGAAGUGUGCAGCAUUCCAACUCUUUCUUCAGUUUCCCUAAACGAGCGCAAUCCAAACACCGCUUGAAGAACCCAGCUUUUGGUAAUAUGUGAUGUUGUAAUAGGUUCUCUCUUUCCCGUCCCGUGUCGAUCACAAAUUAUAUUCUAUACUUAGUUUUUCUUCUUGUGUUUGUACUGUCUAAUCUCUAGGCUCUAAUACAAUAGAAGGAAGCUGGCUUAUAAUUUUUUCUA